AUGGCCGGGGGCGAUGGGCCGGGCCGUGCCGUAGUGACACAGGCCGCCAGCUCGCUCCUAGUUAAUGCUCAUUACAGAGAGCCGCGCCUCGCACCGCGCGCUAACGAGCGAGCAGCUCACGACACGACUGAUAGCGCCAAUCACUGGUACAGGAUGUGUUCUGGUUUAUAUAGAUGCCGACUGCAGCAUGAGUCAGGGGUGGCACCAUUAGUAUAUGAGUAUAAUGUUAAUGUGAAGAGUAUUUAUCAAAAGGCGUGUUGGCGACCGACAGCCCUGGAGCGAGGUCGACUUGUAACGAGUUUGGACAAGUUGCUAAUGAGUGGAGCAAUGUUCCCACUCGACACUCGACACUCGACACUCGACACUCGACACCCGACACAUUCAUUGGCUGUCACCAUCUAUCUGUCAAUACAGAGAGAACCGUUCAUCACAAGCCAUCAAGAGGACGGCUCCCAGCUCACUCCACAGAGCGCGCCGACUGUACAACUUUGUUACAGCGACUCACACUGA